GUCUGUUCCCUCCCCGUGGAACGGUUAAGACUUCCUCGUCUCUCUUUACGUCCAACCUCUGUCACUCAUUCUCACAACACCAUUAGAGUAGAUACCGGUCACUCGUUACGCCGGUAAUAGAGAGAGAGAAGAAACGCCACCAUGCGCUCUCUUCUCCUGUCCGCGGCCCUGCCGCUCGCCGCCGAGGCUCUCGUGUUCCGGGACGACAGCCAGUUCUCCCAGGAGCCCGGCGUCCUUCGCUUCCCCGUCAGCUCGACUUUGAUCCCCGGCAAGGUCCUCAGGAGUCGGCAGGAUGACGUUCGUCUGGCGGACCAGAAAACCGGUCUCAUGUACACCAUCGACAUUACCAUCGGUACUCCCGGCCAAAAGGUCAGCGUCCAGUUCGACACGGGCUCGCCCAACCUUUGGGUCAACCCCCAGUGCAGCACGGCUCCGCAGCCGGAGCUUUGCGCCAAGUUCGGCCAGUUCACGCACUCGACGACUCUUGUCGACCUCAAGAAGAGCACCCAGCUGCCGUAUAACAUCGGCAAAGCCAACAUCAAUUGGAUGUACGACUAUGUCAACAUUGGCAACUCGAGGAUCAACCAGCAGAUCUUCGGCGUUGGCACUUCCAGCGUGGACCUCUCGGCGGGUAUCCUGGGUGCCAGCCCUGACCUGAGCGGCUUCAAGAGCCCUUACCCCCUGGUCCUCGACCAGCUUGCCCAGCAGAACUUCAUCAAGAGCCGUGCUUUCAGCAUGGAUCUUCGUCCCGUUGGUGACGAGCGCGGCUCCGUCAUCUUCGGCGGCAUCGACACCAAGAAGUUCACUGGUCCUCUCCACAAGCUGCCCAUUAUCCCCGGGAGCCAGGCCCCUGACGGCUACACUCGUUACUGGGUCAACGUCGAUGGCAUUGCCAUCACAACCGCUGAUGGCAAGGCUAACACCAUCUUCGACAAGACCGGUGGUCUGAAGGCUUACCUUGACAGCGGCACCACCGUGAGCCAGCUGCCGACUGCCAUGUUCAACGAGGUGCUCAAGCUCUUCCCUGGAGCCCGCAAGGACCCCAAGUACAACCAAUGGUACGUCGACUGCUCGCUGGUCAACAGCAAGGGCUUCGUCAGCUUCAAGUUUGGAAACCUCGUGGUCAAGGCCCCCUUCAGCGACUUCCUCUGGCAGCAGCCCGAGUUCAAGGUGUGCGUGCUGGGCUUCGUCCCCGAGACUGGAAACCAGUUCAUUCUCGGUGACACCUUCCUCCGCUCUGUGUACACCGUCUACGACUGGGACAACCAGAACGCGUAUGUUGCUCAGGGCGACGACUGCGGCAGCCACAUCAUCGCCAUCGGCAAGGGCGCCGACUCCAUCCCCCAGCUCGUCGGCGAGUGCGGCGGCUCUACCACCUCGACAACGACCUCGCAUUCCAAGACCACCACGUCCGGGACCAAGACGACGGCGUCGCAGACCAAGACUGAUGGCACGACGACCGGCACGUCCAAGCCCACCCAUACUGGCUCCUCCUCGGGUACCACGUCGCGCCACCAUCCCACCACGAGCGGGUGGCAUAACGGCACCACCACGACGGCGGCGCCUCCCACGACGUACACGUCGACGGUCCGCACCACGCGCACCUACACCAUCACGUCGUGUGCGCCCACGGUGACCAACUGCCCCGUCGGGCACGUCACGACCGAGACCAUCACCUCGCUGACCACGUGGUGCCCCGGCGGCGAGACGACCGCCAAGCCCCCUGCCGUCACCAGCUGCCCCGAGAUCACGGGCACCUUCACCAUCCCCAACCCGCCCUGCACCAGGUCCGCCUGCGCCUCGCACUCCUCUCCCCCCGCCAUCGUCACCGUCGUGCCCAUCACGACGCACUCCGUCACCGUCACUGUCCCCGGCUGCCACAGCUGCAGCGGCGGCGGCCCGGCACCCACCAAGGCCACCGCGCCGCCGGCCGGCACCGCGCCCGGCAUCUCGACCGUGACCAAGCCGUGCCCCACGUGCAGCAGCGUUCCCACGAAGAGCGCGCCCGUCACUGCUGGUGCUGCCCAGGCUUUCCGUCUCUCGGCUACUGGUCUCGUGGCCGCGGCUCUGGCCUUUGCCGUCUUGUAAGCGUGAUGAGUGCGUGGACCAAGUUGCAGGCCCUGGGGUCAAGGGGAGGUUGCACAGUCAAGGCAAACUGGUUACAAUGCCUGGAGCCCCUUUUCUUCUUCUUCUUUGGAUGUACUUAGUAUUUCUUCUCGCGGGUCAAACUCAUGGGAACACCCGUUGUCUGUGCUUGUUUCAUGACCACCGGGCAUGGGGUCACCUGCUUUAUUAAUGGGGUAAUGCUGUCAAGACUUCAUGAGUUGCCGC